AUGGAGGUUCUCUGUUUGUGGUGGGUGAAUGGUUGGAUGCAAACCUUGCUCAUACUCAAGCAAAUUCUGAGAUGGCUGAAGAAACCAAAGGUACUGAAACUUCUAUGUCUUGCUUCAUCUGUUGUUGGACUGCUCUGUUAUGCACUCAGUUCCUCUUUCAACCGUUUACUGGGAAGCUGGAGCUGGUGGAAGAUGCUUCUUUAUAUUCUUUUCAGUUCAAUCACUUGCCUUGCCGUCUUGUUCACACCGGCAAGGUCGAGCUCCUGCUCUCACCGGUUAGAAGUUCAUUUGGCAUUUUUGGUUCUAGUAACCACUUCUGUUUAUUCCUUCUUCUUUGAUAACGUAGUGAAGGGUAAACCAGAUGCAUACAGUCUGAUCUCUUGUGCUGCUUUUGCUACCAUGUCGCUUGGCUUGUCAAAUCUUACUCAAUUUGAAUUCCACAUCGAUCUGCUAUAUUUCUUCUGCGGAGGUCUAACAGUACAACUCAUGAAGAUCAAAUUGUGGUUAGUCAUUGUUGGAGGGGGCUUCAGUUAUUCCCUCCUUCGUCUUCGUGACUAUCCGAGCGACACGCAAGGGGAGAAUCUUCAGCUGCAAGUCCAAAACCAGGUAAUCAUUCAAGUUGAUGAUUCAGGGAGACUUAGUAAUAGCAGUCAUGAUAUGAUGUCACAACAAGCUAAUGAUGUUGAUAGUACUGUAGACACCCCACCACAAGAUGAAGAUCUUAGAUUCCAAGACCAUAUACUCACUCAAAGCAAUUCACCUUCACAAGAUGGAAGCGUUGGCUAUGGUCUUAUCAUCGAACAACAACUAAUGAAUUGUAUAAAAGAUCUCGAGAAGGAGAAUCAGAUGCUUGUUCCCAUGGUCUGUAGUUACGUGGAAAAAUACCUUAAAGCCGUGUGUGACUCCAAAGAAGUACCGUAUGGUGACGUCAAUUUGGUGAUGGAUGCACUUCCAUCUGAAGUUAUGAGGCGCCUUAAGGAAACCAUGGAGCUGAUGGUGAAUGCCGGUUUCAUGGAGGAAUGCAGCAACAUUUACAGCAAAUGGCGCAGGGAGUUUCUAGAACAGUGUCUGCGAGCACUUGGGUUGCAAUUUGAAACGCCCAAUAACGAGGACGUUGAGAAGUGGUUGAAAACGUGUAAGGCAGCUGUGAAUAUACUGUUUCCCAAUGAAAAUAGACUCUGCAAUUACCUCUUUUCGGGUAUCCCUGUCGCUGCUGCGAAUGUUUCCAUUAAUAAGGUUUGCAAGGAAGUGAUUAUUGGUCUAGUGAGUUUUGCCGAUACCAUCAUGACAACUGGGAAUUUGCCGAAUCUUUUGUUCAACAUCGUCCCUAAAAUGUCGGAGUCAUUUGUCGAGGACAAGACAACAUUAUAA